CCUGGUAAUUGACGUUCUCGUUAUCGAUUUCCUGCUUCCACAUUCCGUUCGCAGUACGCGUAGUCGCGUACUAAUUCAAUUGUCAGUUGUAACUCUGUUUUUUACCUGCUGAUCGAUCACUGCCACCACGCACUCUAACUCUGUUGACUAGUUGUCGCAGGGUUGUGCUUGCCGACUGCGGAACCCGUAUUGCCUCGAUAGUCAUGGCAUCCUGGGCCUAUCCCGUCCACCGACGCCAGCCGCUGUUAAGUCUGCAUUACAGAAUCCCGACGGAUGCCUUCACCUUGGCUGAUCUGCACUCCGAUGGUCUGGACUACACAGCGGACAUCCUGGUGGAUACUGGCGCUGGUUGUCUGCAGAUGUCGGCCUCAGUGUGGACGGUCACACUGCGCAUUCGCGAGAAGGAGGAGGGUUAUGGUGGGUAUCGGGUCGGCAGCAUUACGGCGUCCGUUCAACCCAAGGCGCCAACGAAGACAACAGCGACAGCGGCACUGUCCGUGGAAUGCACCGUGCGGGCAGGAACCACCUCAGGAGCGGCAAAAUUUUGGGACAACAUGGUACAGGUCAACGCGGAAGGACCGCGCAGCUCGUCAUCUGAAACGAAUGAACUUAUGUCACUGGUGAUUGAUCAGGGUGCCGAUGAAAAUUACCAGUAUGUCUUGCGAAAGGGUCGUUUUGUCCAUGUCCAGUUAGUUUUUUACGAGGAUCCGCCGAACGGAGACGUAAGAGGCCGUCGUGCCGAUCUGAAAGGCUUACUGGAUUGCGGUACACUCAGCGAUUUUACUUUGGAGUGUCAAGGCCAAUCAUUUCGGGUGCACCGCGCCAUGCUGGCUGGACAGUCACCCUACUUCGCGGCCAUGUUUAACACGGAUAUGCAGGAGAAAACAACGGGGAUCUGUCACAUCACCGAAUUUCCUGCCGAUGUCGUGAAAGCGUUGGUCCAGUUUGUGUACACCCGCACGGUGGUGGCUGCGGGCGGCCGUUUGAUGGAUUUGUGGAAGGCCGGUGAUUUUUAUGACUUAGCGGAUCUGCGCACGGAAUGCCUGUGUUUGAUGCGGGAAACCGUCGCCCGGCUCGCUCCGGCUGAAGCGAUCCAGUAUUUUGAUUUUGCCCGUUCAUAUGAUCUGCAAACGCUGACAGCGGUUGUGGCGCGUGUAAUCGGCCGGGAAGUUUACCCAACUGGCGUGGUAGCGUUGAUUUCGCCGGUGAACAAGCGGAGCGUGCUGAAUUUGCUGUAUAAUUUCCCUACUGAGCGGUUUAUCCAGGAUGAUCGCGGUGCCGAUGGCGUGCAUUUCACGUGUGAGUUUAACGUGGAUGUUGGGUCGUUCGGCCGCUCCGAGAUCCCGUUUUCCGUAUGGAUUGUCCGCCUGAUUGUCACAACAGAAUGGUCAAGGUUUAACGACCGUUACAUAUAUAUCGAGGCUCAAGUUGUUCCAAAAGAGCCAGAAAAGCUGACCACAGCCGCUGCCGUGUCGGUCGAGUGCCGAGUUCGAGCCUGUGCUGAGCGACCAUGGGACAACAGCGUCCACAUUGAUUCAACCGGAUGUAACACCAUGGCCAAUUGGCAUGAGCCCAAAGAUGAUGAAAUCACCACUCUCCGUGAGCUUGUGGAUUACGAGGGUUUGCCCGAUGAAAGUGGUAGUAUGUAUGUUUUGCAGAAGGACUGCAGUGUGUUUGUCGAACUGACCUUCCACUUCGACCGGUCACCCGGCGACGCAGCGGUCAACCGGACCGAUUUGCAACGGUUAUUGGAUACCCAGACGUUUUCGGACGUCGUUUUGCGGUGCGAUGCUCAGGAGUUUCCCGUCCAUCGGGCCCUUCUGGCUGGCCAAUCUCCCGUCUUUGCUGGUAUAUUUCGGACUAUGACAGAGCAAUUAAACAUUUGCGAAAUCGAUGAUGUCGGUCUGGAAGCUUUGAAAGCGCUGAUUCAUUUUGUGUACACACGCGCGGAUGUGGAAGCGGGUAGCGGUGUCAGGGAACUGUAUGAGGCCGCUGACCGGUACGACAUGGCGGAACUGCGUGCCGAGUGUCUGCGCGUCAUGCUGCAGAUGGUGGCGAGGAUGUCGCCGGACGAUGCGGUGGAGUAUUUUGAUUUUGCGCGGGAACAUGGUCUGCAGAAACUGCUGGCGGCUGCCGCGUGGGCCAUCGCUCGGGAUGCGGAGAAUGACAUCGCCAUGGGCAUGGACGCGCCAAACAGUGACAGCUUGGAGACGGACUCUGAAAUGGAGUAUUAAUCGGCAGACCCGAUGUAGAGCUUCGAUUUUCUAUUGGUGUUUUUUGUUUAAUUUUUGCCUUCCUUGUUUAUUUAUUCAACCGGAGUGACAGAUUUUUAUGGUCAGCGGUGGUAAUGUUUAUUUAGGUUUUUGGGGAAUCUUCUGUGCAGCGGCGUGUAUUUUCCAGUGCGGUACAUUCAUGAAUAGACUGAAAGUUUAUCAACGGUUAAUCAUUGUUAAUUUAAUUUUAUUAAAAACGGU